GCGAGAGAGCCUGCCAUUCUGCCUGCGAUGUUCGUCCCAGCCGCUGCAUCCAAAUCGAUGCUCUCCUCGCCCAUUGCAGUAAGAGAGUCCACCCGUAAUACAGGCACCCGCGAUCAAUCAUACCCGCGAUCGGCCUCGGCCUCUUCCGGCACUUUUCCUCCCUGCAUGCCCUUCCGCUUACCCCUCCGCUUAGCUCCAGAUGCCGUCGUCCACGUCCAAACACGCCCCCGUCAUCCUCAUUACCGGCACUCCCGGAACGGGCAAGACAACCCACGCACAACUCCUCGUCGAAGAGUCCCCCCUGCCCCUACGCCACAUCAAUGUAGGAGACCUCAUCAAGGACAAGGCCCUCUACGAAGAGUACGACGAGGAGUGGCAGAGCUAUACCGUUGACGAGGACAAGCUGCUCGACGAGCUAGAACCCCUCGUCUCCGCCGGCGGGGUCAUCUUGGAUUGGCACACGGUCGACAUUUUCCCUGAACGAUGGGCCGAUCUCGUCGUCGUACUCCGCUGCGAUCACACGAAAUUAUGGGACCGCUUGGAGAAAAGAAAUUACCCGCUCAAAAAGAUCCAGGAAAACAACGAAGCCGAGAUCAUGGAGGUUGUCCUUGACGAAGCAAGAUCGUCCUAUGCGCCAGAAAUUGUCGUCGAGCUGAAGAGCGAAGGCACAGACGACCUAGAAUCAAAUGUCUCGCGCGUCGUACAAUGGAUCGAAGCAUGGAGACAGGAUCACUCCGUGUCAGAUUAACAAGUGCCUAGUACGGUACUAUCAAGCAGGCAGCUACAUCGCGGUGCCUACAUUAUGCAAUCUAAAGGUAGGUAGUGACCGCAUCAACGUCACUCACGGGCCUGUGUACACCCACACUCCUCGGCGGUCCUGCAACGGAAGGCCUUCUCGAUGCUCCGCCUCACUGCGUUCGCGCUUCGCCGUCUUCUUCUUCCCUUCGGCAAUCCUGACUUUUUCAAAGUAGACGUAGCUGCAUUGGAACCAAUGAGUACCACGAUGUACUUAACAAUCAUAAAACGUACGCGGCAUAGUAUGUGCCGUUCGAAGCA